UGGCAAUGUAUUGAAGAGACUUGAGAGGAAUAUGUAACGCUGUAUAUGGUUGUAACUUUUAUUUGUAAAGCUUGGUGUAUAUAUAGUUAUUACCAGCAAAGAACGAUGAAGACGAAAAUUUCCAUUACAACACCAAUACUUAUUUUAAUAAUAAUUAUUAAUAUUAUAUAUUUUGUAUUCGUUUCGAAAACAUUGAUAAACUUUAAAGUAAAGAAACCGAAUAACAGUGAAUACAUGCCAUUGGAGAAUUGGCACUAUAUAGAUUCAAAUGUUUACGUUUAUUCGGCCUUUUGGGAACAUAGAAUGGAUCCACCUUUCGUUAAAAUAAUUGGAAUUGGACUCCUUAAAAAGAUGAAUAUUUCUUAUUUAAGAUGCUUAUUACGUUAUAACCAAACUGUAAUUACUAAUACAUCAGUUUCAUAUAAGACAAUGCACGAAAGUCAUUUAAAACGACAUACAGCAGCAUUUUUCUGUUGUAGAGUUGAUCAGAAACCUUCUCACGUUGCUCUUAUAAAACCUGGAAACAAUGUAAUUCAUUGGUUGAAAGUUCACAUUAUUCAACCUCCAAAUGAUAAGAACGAAUGGCUAAAUAAUACAGUCGUUUGCGUAAGACCAUUUUUUGGUGCUUUCUCAAAUAAUAAUAUUAAAAUAGCAGAAUUUAUAGCUUAUUAUCGUAUAUUAGGAGCGAAUAGUUUCGUUUUUUAUGAUUAUCAAACUGAAAAUUCUCUUAAACAAUUUCUAAACUUUCUGUCCAAGAAUGGAAUCCAAAUCCAUUUAUUGCCGUGGUUUCUACCAAAGAAUGUUAUAGAUACUUGGCAAUUGGGCCAAUUAGCAGCCAUUGCAGAUUGCGUGUAUCGUCAUGCGAGGACUCAUCAAUAUGCUCUCAUUAUUGAUGUGGACGAAUUCAUCGUACCACAACGAAAAACUUCUUUACAAGAAAUUUUGCAAGACAUUAUCAAUCGUCGUUGUAAAAACUGUGGAACGUUUAUAUUUAGACAGACAUUUUUUUGUGUAGAAUAUCCUGACGACCCUCUAAGUUUAAAAUUAAGAAUUCCGCUUUUAACUUUAAAGAAAACCAGAAGAGAAACAUUAAUAUGGAAAGCAUACCAAAGAAGUAAAGCAAUAGUACGUCCCAUUGGUAUUGAAUCACCAGGAAUACAUUUUACGUUUGAUUCUAUAAAAUCUUGGAGAACGCUCAUAGUCAAUCCAAAAAUUGCUAAAUUACAACAUUAUCGUUUACACAAAUGUAGUGAUUUGAAUAAAACUACCAGAGAUCGCUCAAUUUUUAAAUAUAAAAAUGUACUUCUUCAAUCAGAAAUAUUAAAAUUGUGGUAUAUAUUUAAUAUAAAUUUAUAACCUUUACAGCAAUUAAAAUAUUUUUAUAUUAAUAUUUAUAUUAAAAUUUGUAAUACAAUGUAGGCCUAUAUAUCUCGAGUCGAAAUAUAUAGGGUUGCCCAAAAGUCAGUUUACACACCGAAGCGUUGUAUUGAACAAUUUUUGUAAAGUUUAUAAGCAAUAAAGUCUUUAAAUAAGUCAGAAAUUUCACCUUUACAAUGGUAAACUGAGUUUUGGACCAACUCGAAUAUUACAAUAAUAUGUAUAUUUUUCCAAAUUUGGUUUAAAUUUACGUGACAACUUUAAUAUACAAUGUUUUAACACAAGUAAAUAUUUUAAAAAAAUUUUAUAUUUUGACGUUUAUGAAUUCAAAUUUAAUAGCAAAUGAAGACUUCGUUAACGAAUAUGAUAUCUAAUUUUCAUGGCAUAUUUAAUCACAUAAUAAAUUUAUGUUUAGUAUUAUUAAAUUGCUGGUGAUUAAAUUGUUGAUAGAAACGUUGAUAAAUUAAGUGUAGAACUUAACUGUUGUUAAUUAAGAAUUUUCUCUCUGUUUUGUCCUAUGGUUCCAAUUUAAACAUUACACCAUUCCCUCUAUUAAAAUUUAAUCAAU